GAACUUUUUAAAUCAGGGAAAAAUGUAAAAACUUUACUGGAAAAUCGGGAAAUAUCAUGGAAUUUUGAAAUCAUUUCUUUGUGGCCACCCUGUAUAGGAAAUACGUGCUAACUAAUGGUUAUGGGAAGACGACUUUUUUGUCUGGACUACUAUAACAUAAGUUAUUACUCUAUAGAAUAAUUAUUGAAUAAUACUAAUCAAAGGCUAAUUGAUAAGUCUAAUAUAUUUUAUUCUCUUUGUAAACUGAUUAGCUUUACAAGUGACUCAUGAAAAUGUACAUUUGAAUAACGAUAAAUGCAAAAACAAAAGUGAUUCCGAAGUAUUAAGUCGUAGGAAGAUAAAGAAAGUUGGUUUGAUGAGCGAAAAAAAAUAUUAUUGGAUGGAUAAUUUUAAUAACAAUAGUACUGAUAAAGUACAGCCAUUAGUUUAUCAAAGUGAUAAUGGAGAUAAUUUGACUAGUGAAAAUACGAUUGGAAAUAAUUUGAAAAGCACUGGAGAUAUUGAAUCAAAUGAUUAUAUUAAUUAUCAAAAAUCAAAUAUUGCUAAUUAUAUAUUGAAGCAAAAUGAAUUUCUUACGGUCUCAUAUUAUAACAAUAUCGAUGACUGGAAAUCAAUUAAUGGAAAAAUCAGCCAAGAGAAAAUAAAUAAACAAGUCGAUGAUGAAAAUAAUAAUGAGAUUGAAACUUCCCAGUACCAAUGCAACGACUGUAUAAAAUCAUUUGAUUCAGCUAAGCUACUAGAUAAACAUAUAUUUUAUCGGCACACGGGAAUAAAACGUCAUAAGUGUAGAGAGUGUGAAUAUGCAACGAAUAAUUUGUCACAUUUGAAACGACAUAUCAAUACCCAUAAUAAUCAGCCUAUAAUUCACAAGUGCUUACAUUGUGAAUUUACUUGUGAUUCGUCACGAAGCUUGAAGAAACAUAAUUAUACUCAUGCUAGUAUUCGUCCAUAUAAAUGUCUUCACUGUGAUUAUGCUAGUAUGACUUUAAAUCAUUUGAACAGGCACAAACUUAUUCAUUCUGAUGUACGACCUCAUAAAUGUCCACACUGUCAUUAUGUGAGCGCACGAUCAGAUCAUUUGAAAAAACAUAUUCAACGUAUUCAUUCUAGUUAAUUAAUUUAUAUUUACUCAAGUAUUAGAUACAAAAUAUGACAUAACACUAGACUAAUAAUUUUAAUUAAUUUGCGAAAGCAUUCUAGGAUAUUAAUAAAACUUGAAUGAGCUAGUAAGCUAAUAAUGGUUUUGAAAAAUAUUUGAAUGGUUCCAUGACAACAACCCAGACAAUUGAUCCCACUGACAAUUUCAUAAAAUAAUUAAUUACUAUGACAUGAGUAAUUAAAAUCCUCUGUUAUAAAUAUAAAAAGUUAAAUUAUGUAAAUUAGUUGUUGACAAAAAUCAAUUAACGAUCAAUUGUCGAUGGGAUCAGAUGUCGGUAGGAUCAAUUUAUAGGAAUCACUUGUCGUGGUAUAAGAUUGUUGGGGUCCGUUGACGGCACACCUAUUUUAAUGGUUUUAUAGUUAAUUUAAAGUUAAUUUUACUAUGAUCAAUUUAAUUAACAACUAUUUAUUUUGAAAUUUGAAAAAAAUAAAUUAUAAAAGCACAAUUGGAGCAGUUGUGCUGUAGGACAAAAUUAUUGAGGAACAUAAUGAUGAUUACAAUUCAAUUUAAAUAAAAAUUAAGACUUAUUUUUCAUAAGUAUAAUAUCCAAUUAUCAUUGUUGGUAUUAAUUAAUUAUUAAUAAUUAUUUAUAAAUCUUUUUAUAAGUUGAUUAUAUCUGUAAUAUUUAUUUGUCAUUUAAAUUAUAAAAUUUAUGAAAAUAAAAUUAAAUUUGCUGUAAACAUAAAAUGAAAAAUAUGAAUUUU